AUGGCUGAUCGCAGUCGCGGUCGUGGCCAGCGUGGACGAGGCGGCCGUGGACGAGGUCGUGGCGGUACCAUUGCGGGACGCGAGAACCAUAGCAGGCCCUACACAUGCUUCGACUUUCAGAAUAAGGGAGUCUGCAACCGCAAGAGCUGUACUUACACGCACGAUCUUCACUCAGAUGGCCAGAAGUUUCGCAACAAUAGGCCAGCCCGAACAACUGAAACCUCAGGGCAACAACAGGCGAAGAAGUCCUACAGUGCUUGGAAGCGUCAUCUCAGCUCCGAGCCAAGCUCAAGUCGCACUAUGCAGCGGCUGUGGGGAGGUGCACUCAAUAUUCUUGAAGAAGGCGACCGGGACCUCUCUCAACAGUUACCCAAGGAUCUGGACACGGACGACCAGGAUCAUCAAGGUCGUCAUCACAUCGGCGCAAUCUUGAACAUGCGAGUACGAGAUAGCGAAGCGGCGCAGCACGUGAGAAAUUGCCAGCAAUUUCUCCUCACUAUCACCCACUCAUCCAUGCUGGACGGCCUUGCUGUAGAUACAUAUGUCGGCUCUAUCUACAACUUUGUCAGCGGUGCCAAUGGCACGAGGGCCAUACCUUUCUUUCAACACAUUUGCGAGUUACUGACCAGCUUACGUACGAACAACGAUCCAGAUGCUUCAUUGGAUAUACUCGAGUCUACGCUGGUUGCUCUCUCGGUUGCUCUCCGGGAGUUACUGAAACGCGAGUCUCGCGCACGCUUCAACGAUGACCUCAAAGCCUUAACCGAUGCUCUUGGGGCGGCCGGGACUACCUUUGCCCUGGACGGACCUUCAGUUGCAUCUACUAUUGUUACGAACAAUGUGCGCUGCAUACGCGAUAUGUUAGCUCGCGCAAAUGGGCUGCUCUUCACAGCUUCAUCAGGAGAGAACGGAGAUUAUGCGCGCAUCAGCAAGACCUCGUCCUACCCACGCGAUUUAGUACUGCCAAGUAACCGCCACGACAACGAUAAGCUAGACAUGGCUCAGAUUGUCAUCUUUCCUACUCGAGACGAAAUCAUGAGCGAUGCGAAAGAAUUCUUGCCUUUUACGGAUCCAGACCAGCCCCAUUUCCUCGAAGAUCCUACCCAGCGCCACAUCGAUACCCAUUUCCGCCUAUUCCGGCACGACAAGUUCGGGGAGCUUAAAGGCACAUUAUCAAACUUGAUGCAGAUUUUCAGUCGCGAUCCAAAUGCUAUGAACAAUCCUCGUUUCCAGCAUGGCGACAUGCGAGCAUAUCGGUAUGCCGGUGUGCACAUAAGCCGGGUAGUAUUUCAACGAGCUUUGGAGAUACAAAUGUCUUUCCCCUCUCCGCAAAAAAUUGCCCUCAAGUCGUUUGCUGCACAGGUCAAAUGGUGGGAAGAAUCGAAGCGUCUAGAGAAUGGAUCUCUGCUCUCAUACGUCUGGAUCCAGAAUGAAGUCGUGCAACAUGUGUUUUUGACACUUGUGAGAAAAGGUGCAAAGGAUGAAGAUGGCCAGGAGAUCAUACACAGUAAUGGUCUUUUCACCAUCACUGCUCAGUUGAUGACACAAGACAAGGCGACUCUGGAGCUCUUGAUGCGAGCUGCAGCAGGUCGAUGUCAGGGUAUGCUCCUUGAGUUCCCCAAGGUUAUGCCGGCUACUUUCGUGCCGAUCCUUGAGAAUCUACAGAGCAUGCAACGCACCGGUGGUAUGCCAUUCUACCAGUGGAUCGUCCCUGCCCGUCUUGAGGCAUCGUCGGGUGUCAAGACCUGCCAUGAUAUCCCACCACCACUUUAUGCACGGCGCGCUGGAUUCAGCUUCCCUUUGAAGAUAAUCACGAUCGACGAUGACACGAGUCUUUGUGUUGGGCCUACUGCUACCUGCGACGACGACGAUCUUCUCGGCAAAAUCGAAGCCAAGACCAGUCUGGAUCGUGGUCAAUGCUGUGCUCUUGUAGCUGCAUUGACACGCGAAUUUGCAUUCAUUCAAGGCCCACCCGGCACAGGAAAGAGCUACUUAGGCUUGCACUUGAUGAGGGUGUUGCUGGAAAUCAAGGCGAAAGCAGGCCUUGGCCCGAUAUUAGUCGUAUGCUACACUAAUCAUGCCUUGGAUCAGUUCCUUGAACACCUCGUCAACGUCGGCGUCACAAAAGUCAUCCGGGUUGGUGGACAGAGCAAAUCGACGGUGCUCGCAAAUCAUAAUCUCCGAGAACUCAGGAGAUCUGAACAGAACACUAGAUCGGAAAAGUAUUCUGCACACGACGCUUACAGCAGGCUGGAUAGCUACAAGACAGAUGCGAACAAUGUUCUCAAUGGUCUACGACACAUGCGCAACAGGCCUGAUUGGAGUGAUUUGGAGCAACACAUCUCCGAAGAACACAAAGAAAUGCAUUGCCAGUUUAGCCAAAUGGACGAUGAGGGUUUCAAGAUGGUCGGACGUCAUCCCUUUGAUAUCUGGAGCAACACGGGCGCCUUUCCAACCUUUGCGCCGGCUGGCUCACCACCACCCAUCACGGCCCUUGCCAACAUCCUCCGGAAAGCGGCUACGAACGUGUAUGCUCUUACAUUUCAGGAGAGACAAUUACUGAUUCGCCACUGGGUCGAGGAGAUACACGAAGCAAAAGUUGGAGAGUUAUAUGAAGUUGUGAAGGGUGCAGCCAACACACAGAAACAUCUAGAUAACGUUCACGCGGAGGCUAGCCGUCGAGUCUUGCAGGGAGCUGAUGUCAUUGGACUCACUACUUCAGGCCUGGCGGGCCGUAUAUCACUACUCAAGCAUGUCGCUUGCAAGGUUCUGAUCUGUGAAGAGGCUGGCGAAAUUCUGGAACCACACAUGAUAUCGGCGCUCCUCCCAACAGUGGAGCACUGUAUUCAGAUCGGUGAUCAUGAGCAGUUGAGGCCAUCAGUUUCCAACUUUGACGAUCUUUCUCUUGAGAGCGAACGUGGAAAGAAUCAUCAGCUUGAUAAGAGUCAGUUCGAGCGAUUAUCAGUGGGCAUGGCUGGUAGACCUUUGGUUCCUGUUGCCCAGCUUAACGUGCAACGCCGCAUGCGUCCCGAGAUCUCCACACUCAUUCGAGAGACACUCUAUGCAAAGCUUGCUGACCACACUUCGACAAUCAACAUGCCAAAUGUUGUUGGUCUGCGAGAAAAUGUCUUCUGGCUGGACCAUACCCACCUCGAAGAUGACGGACAGAUGGAGGUUCAACACAGCAAGUCCAGGUCAAAUUCAUGGGAGGUACAGAUGGUACAUGCUAUGGUCCGCCACGUUGUUCGACAGGGUCUUUACAAGAGCAGCGACAUUGCAGUCUUGACGCCUUACACUGGUCAACUCCAAAAGUUGCGCGCGGCCAUGCGCAAUGACUUCGAGAUCGUGCUAAGCGAGCGCGACGAAGAAGCACUCGAGAAAGAUGGCUUCACUAUCAGCAACACUCCGCAAGACCAGCGAGUCGCUGCAGCAGCGGAACAGGGCAGAAAACCUCUUGAAAAGAAGCAACUUUCUGACCUCCUUCGAAUCGCAACAGUCGACAACUUCCAGGGAGAAGAAGCCAAGGUCGUUAUCAUAUCGUUGGUGCGAAGCAACAAGGCGCAGAAGGUUGGUUUCCUCAAGACCUCGAACCGCAUAAAUGUCCUCCUCAGUCGGGCCAAGCACGGAAUGUAUAUCAUUGGAAAUGCGGAUACAUACACCACCGUCGACAUGUGGCAGCAUGUUAUCGGAAUGCUACGUGCAAAGAAUUCAGUGGAACCAUCUCUGGGUCUAUGCUGCCCCCGUCAUCCCGAGAAAGUCAUGGAGAUCUGUGAACCUGAGGACUUCGCCAAAUUCAGUCCUGAGGGAGGUUGCCGAGAGGCAUGCAUCGAUCGUCUCGACUGCGGACACAGCUGCCUCGCUAGGUGCCAUUCGAAAGCCAUGCACGCCGCAUUUCACUGCGAAGAACCAUGCGAGCGGUCUCACGAGCCCUGCGGCCAUUCUUGUCAGAAGCAAACUUGCGGCGAGCCGUGCGGGAAAUGCAUGACCAAGGUCGACAACAUCCGGCUCUCUUGCGGUCACAUUCACAAUGGGGUUUUCUGUCACUUGACACUUGAUCUUACAAGCAUCUCAUGUCACGUACCAGUGUCGAAGCAGGUCCUUGGUUGCGACCACGAUAUUGUUGUCAAAUGUUCUCAAGAUGUUACGAGCCUAGGCUUUCGAUGCCCUGAGCCCUGCAAAUCAACAUUGCCCUGCGGCCACCAAUGUCCCGGAUCCUGUGGCCAUUGCAAGAGCAAGACUGUUGACAACAAAUCAGUGGUGAAGCAUGCGAAAUGCAUGGAGAAGUGCCACAGGAAGAUGGGCACGUGUAAUCACGCCUGCGGUCGUUAUUGCCAUGACGGUACCGACUGUGGUUUGUGCCAAAAGCCUUGCGAGUGUGGCAUGAAGAUGGACGAGAAGCCAGAUAUGCUCGAAUUGAAGUCCUACUCCGAUAUUGAGCUAGAUGAAUCACCUAUUAUCGCUCUCAGCUGUAGUCAUUUCUUCACCAUCGAGACCCUGGAUGGCCACAUCGAUUUGAAAGAGGUUUAUGAGCAAGACCCUCGGACCGGUCACUACAUUGGAAUGCGGGAGAAUUCUCAGUUAGCAGUCAACAUACCGCAGUGUCCAUAUUGCAAGACGCCAAUCCGCCAGUUCGAUACACAGCGAUACAAUCGACUCAUCAACAAGGCCGUCAUCGACGAAAUGACCAAGCGCUUCAUUGUCAGUAGCCAACAAGAGCUAUACGAGUUAGAGACCAAGCUCGAGGAGCUGAGGACUGAGAUUGAGGUCUCUCGCAAAACAGUCGUCCCUGACUUCACGAUUCCUAGGGAUCCAGGUGCUGCGGGACGCGCCCUCGAAAACAUGAGGUAUUGGCUUAUCACAUUAGUAGAGAAUCGAUACGCAGAUUCUCAGCGACUUGAGCAACGCGUCACGUCUUUUCAGAAGAGAACGGCCACAAAGCAUCAGCCUGCAAGCAAAUUACACCAAGCGACCCUACAUGCUCUCGAGAAGAAUCCUGGUCUCGACAGCGCCUUUGAACGCCUCAACUUGAGUUCUUCGGUUCCGGCAACACAACAGGGAGGCGACGAGCGUAUCAAGCACGGUGGACAUUUACUCUACCUCAAGGUCCAAUGCCUCAUCCUCGAAGACAAGUUUGCGGUUGCUCGUUCGAUCAAAGACAAAAUCGCCGCUGAAAUCACAAUGCCUGAUGCGCUAGGCGGUCUCCUGGUCACGCAAGCUGGAGUGUAUCUCAAUAAUUGCAUCAAUUUGAUCGACGGCUGCAAAGCUGACAGCCUUCCGAAGCUCGCGGUUGAGGCGACGUUGUACUAUUCACGCGUUGCGCAGCUUUUGACCUCAUCUGGUCUCGCGAAUGAUGAAGAUCGUAAGCAAGUCGAAGCCCACCGCGAGAAGGCAAAAGAGCUCCUUGAGCAAGCAGCGACACUCUGCGAGCAGCCAUUCAAAGGAGCAAAAGAUUUGGUCAAGGCAGUCGAGUACUCGCUAAGGCUGUUGGGCAAGGAAUUUUAUGCAGAUGUGUCCAAAGAAGAGAUCGAGGCGAUUAAGAGGGCGAUGGUCACGGGACCUGGGGGUAUCGCGACGCACUCGGGACACUGGUAUAAAUGCGUAAAAGGCCAUCCGUUUGCAAUCGGCGAAUGCGGAAUGCCUAUGCAGCUUGCAAAAUGUCCAGAGUGCGGAUCGCCCGUUGGCGGACAGAAUCACAGCGCAGUUGACGGCGUUACACGUGCGACCGAGAUGGAGUGA